GGUUCUAUGCGGAUACAGCUUCCGGGUUCGCAGAAUUGAAAACUAAUCUCCAGAGUUGUUUCAAUACUGCUAUAUUUAGCUGGCAGCUGUUCAGACAAUUGCGUGGAACUCGGACCAUCAUUGCCCUUUUGCCAGCGAUUGCCCGUGUUCCAUCAUCGUCGCCGCCGCCACCUGCCUCGAUCCUCGACCUUUGUAUACAAGGGUCAUCAAUUCUACUGACUCGAAACCGGGACCGGUCCAACAAUGCCAUUCUCACAUAAGGAAUCGAUCUCCACUUACAAGUUCAAAAAAGUCGUUGUUUCGUGACACCCUCUUUUGAUGCCUUUCGCAUUCUGUCGCAACGAAUGAUUCGAACAUGGCACCCAGCAUGCAAGAAGCGCAAUACUCACCCGAAGGCACGAGGGCGUCACAGAAUCAGAAUGUUUCGAAAUCCGGUAUUGAUAAAGAAAAGGAUGUGCCAACUGAAUCGGCGUCGCAUGGCAUCGCAGACGUUUUUGAUAUCUCGCCAGCUGCGGCUUUGGAGCUGUUAUGCUUCAAUAUCGAGAGCCUUGCACAGUCAACUAUCCAAACACCGACGGAUCUCCUGGUGAAUUCUCCUGGUGCUCAUGGCGAGAAUCACCAAGACAAUACCUUCGAUGGGGAAGCGCCCAUACAAAUAAGAACUGCUGAAUUGCAUGCCCCGCCAACAGCUGAUGACACGGCUGGCCAGGAUAUCCUUCAGCUUAGUGUGCUUUUGCGAAAAUUUGUGUCGAAAAAAGAACCGCCCAUCUCAUUACGAGAUUACCUGUUACGGCUUCACAAGUACUGCCCCAUGUCCACAGCAGUCUAUCUUGCUACCAGCAUUUAUUUUACCAAGAUGGCAGUCGUCCAACGGAUACUGUCUGUUAAUCCGAAGAAUAUGCACCGUCUCAUCCUUGCUGGUCUUGGGGUAGCGAUGAAAGCGUUGGAAGACCUCAGUUACCCUCAUAGUCGAGUUGCGAAGGUUGGCGGAGUGAGUGAGCGCGAACUUUCCAAGAUCGAAAUCAGCUUCUGCUUUCUGGUGGAUUUCAAGCUGCGGGUCGACACCCAGAUGCUUCUGGACGAAGCGCAAGAUCUAAUUCAAAGGUGUAUGAGUUGCGAGGGAGCGUCAGAAAUCCAGAAUGGCAAGAAAGGCGCGUAACUGGUGGUGGCAGCGGAUCGCACAAAUCCCCAAUGCCGAUACAAUGCCGAUUGCACCAGUAUCGGCCCAAUGGUUCUUGGAAACGUCGCCCACUCCGUAGGGCUGACGAGGAAUCGGUGUGGAAUACAAUGCGGCUGCCUAAAGCUCUGAAGAUUGGCUGAGUCAGCCUAUUCCGGACACCCAAGUAUACCAGAUUAUACAGAUGAGUAAAGAAGAAUGAAGAGAAAGGGAAGAAAAGGAAGGGAUAUGUCAAAAUAGUAGCCAGAUAUAUGCAUGUACAUACAGAAUAGACACCGCGAAUG